CGACUUUGCAACAUGUUUGAGCGGCAGGUGACCGGACUGCUCACGCAGCUACUGGGCAACUACGUCGAGCCCAGUUGCUUUCGGCAUGACAAGGUAAACGUCGGCGUGUGGAGCGGUUAUGUUGUCCUCCAGCACUUGGAACUGCAGCGCAAGAUCUAUCCCACCUUGGGAGUUGCGGUCGUGCGCGGCGUGCUGGGGCAGGUCACGAUCAAAAUCCCCUGGAAUCGUCUCGUGUACGACUCGGUGCUGGUGACAAUCGACGAUGUGUACAUCUUGUUGCGCAACGUGAAUCGCGAGGACGUGGUGCCGCCGACUGCAGAAAUGGAACAGAUCCUCAAGAAGAAGCUGAUCGAAGAGCUGUACAUGCAGAAACUCGAGACCGACCAAGGCGGCGGGUCCGUCGACGACAGUUUUCUCCUUCGUUUGCGAACCAAGAUUUUGGACAACUUGGAAUUCCACAUCCGUCGCAUCCACAUUCGAUUCCAGGACGCCACGAGCGGGGACCAUCCGUUUACAUUUGGACUCACGAUGGAAUCGCUGCAUGCGCAGUCGACCAACUCCAACUGGCAGCCCACGUACGUCGACUCGACGUCUUCGAAAGAGCCGAUGAUUUACAAGUCGUUUGAACUGAACCACUUGAGCAUGUACCUCAACCCCGACUGCGCGCUGCACGGCGACCCGUUCUUCGACGGCACUUCCUGCUCCCUCGAGCAGUUCACGGAUGCAUUCUCUCGCACGAUUCCCAUGCGUCUGGAUGUGGCGCGGCCCCAGCAACUCACACCUCGAAGCGACUUUCCAGACAAGCAUCAUUUCAUCCUCAAGCCCGUGAACGCGUCCGCCCACCUCAAGACGAAGCGAGAUCCUACGGCCGCCCACGACAGCCACUACCCGACCGUGCCUACGCUCGAACUACAAGUGCUGAUCGACGAAGUGGCCCUUCAGCUAGAAGAAUCGCAGUACUGCGACCUGCUGUUCCUCCUCUCGGCCCUGAAAACCCCCCACCAAGCGCAAAUGUACGACAAGUACCACCGCUUUCGCCCGCUCGUGUCUGUAUUUGAAGCCCCGCGGGCGUGGUGGCUCUACGCCAUCCAAUGCAUCCAAAGCGACGUCGCCAACAAGCGCACGGGGUGGUCGUGGGGGUACAUGAAGGACCGGCGCGACGAUCGGCUCCAGUACGUGGCGCUCUGGCAGCGGCUGCAGCUCGCGGCCAUGCCCGAGCAUUUCCUAGGCGAUGCACAAGCCGUCGCGCUGCAGUUGCAAGUGGACGCCAUCGAAUCGAGACGCAGUGUCGAAGAUGUGUUGCUGUUUCGGUACUUGGCGGACGUCGAGUUGAAGCAACAUCAUGCAGCAAGUACGACGACGACGACGACGGCGGCGGCGGCCGUGUCGUCCUCGUAUUCAUUGUGGAACCUGGUCAAGUGGACCGGAUUGGACUACUCGUCUGUGAAAGAAGCUCAAGAGUCUGGCCAAGAACUCGAACGACAAGAACUGUAUCGCAUUCUAGGGUAUGACCCGACGGAGAAAUCGGUUCCUUCGACAUCGUCGACAGAGUUUUCGGUGAUCUCGAUCCAGCUGAACCAAGGAUCCAUUGCUCUGCUCAAUGACCCUGACACAAAGUACCUCCGGACAUCCAGCCAAUACACUCGACGGUACAACCCGCAGACGUUUUUCAUGGCAUUGUUCGCCCAGGUGCACACGGAUAUUGUCCAGAGAUCGGGGGAGAACAUGAAUAUGGAAGUGAGUUUGCAGACGGUGGAGCUGUAUGACGAGAGUAUGGACGGGUACUGCAUUCUCAAACGGCGCGUGCCCGUGUCCAAUUUAAAUGUCGAGAUCACGAUGGUCGCGCCCGUGUUUCGGCUCUCGUACGAGAACGGCCAGCACCAGCAAACGCUCAAGCUGUUCAUGGAGCCCCUGGAGGUCAUUUACUCGCCCACGGCCAUCUGCUGGGCGCACUUGAGCACGUUUUCGACCGCCCCCGAGGCUUUGGGGUUGUGGGCCGAAAUGGAAAUGCAAGCGCUCAAUGAGUUUGUCAACGUCAAGGCGCGAACCGAAGCCAAGGUCGAGUACGCGAUGGCCCAUCGCAUUCCAAUUGUCGUCGACGUGCGCAUCCAGGCGCCAGUGAUCAUCUUGCCAUCGUCCGACGGAGAAAUGCUACAAGGAGCCCGCCUCAUUUUGGACUUGGGUCAUGUGCAUUUCCGCACGGAGCGAUUAAGCAACUUGAACGUCGACAUCACGAGCAUCAGCACGACCACCGUGGGGAGUGGCCAUCACCAACGGGCGGCGGCAUCGGUCAUGAUGACCAACAGCACCAACUUUUCCAAACAAUUGACCGACGAAGCAGAAUCCGGCGAAGGUGCGACACGGUGGAAAGAGGAAUUCUAUGACAAGUUUACGUGCGCCAUGACCAAUUUGAACGUGAUGCUGCUGCCUCCGUCGGUGCCGUACUCGCCCGAACUGUUGAUGCACUCGACGACGCCGUUCAGUUUGGUGGACCCGUUCCACAUCAACUUCACCAUGCGAAAGUCGGUGCUGCCACUAGAUGCGACGCUGUACCAGCUCUACUUACAUGUCGACCUCCCGGCGCUCACGCUGCACGUGUCCAUGGGGCAGUAUCGCCAUUUGACCAAUGUGCUCGCUCGAUUCAAGCACCAAGACCCGACUCGUGCCGCCUCGACGGGUCCGUCGUCGGCCCUGCUCACCCCGCGGUUUCCCCCGUCGUCGCCGCCUCCUUGGGAUGCUUGCAACCCCACGGGCGAAGUCGAGACACAAAGUGUCAUGAGUGAUGACACGUGGUUCAGUGUCGAAUACGGAGAUAACGACGGACAAGGCACCGCCAUGGACGACGGCCGUAGCAUGUCGCUUCCCUCGGGGGGGUUGCUUUCGUCGCACAGCUCCAUCAUCGUGACCGACCCGUCCGUGAUUCCACUCGUGGUCGUGCCUCCUCCUCCCCCCCCCGCCGUGGUGCCAACAACCGACCGACCCCAUCCACCCACGACGGCCGCCCCGGUCCGAGGGCUCAAAAAAGUACUCGACCGACGGGUAUGCGUGUGCACAGUGACGAUUCCCAUCGUCCAAGUGCACUUUCAAAAGGCCGACGAGGACGCGGCCGCCGGACGGGUCACGUGUGUGCUGGAAGGCAUCAAGCUGCGAUUCGCCAAGCGUACACUAUCGACAGCGCUGCGCCUUCGCUUGGGGUCGCUCGCCGUCGACGAUCAUGCCGACAACUUUGUCCCGAUGCACCACGUGUUGUUCUCGUUAACUACGCAGCCAGUGUUGCCGUACACGUCGCUACUACCCAAGACGGCGCGACGGCGCGGGCGGCGGCAAAAGGUGGCCCAUCGGUUGCCGCCGACGUCGUCCGUCGAGUCUGCGGAUGACCUGCUGGACAUCAACCUCACGAGCGAAAUGCACGACCCGACCGAGCUGGACGUGACGUUUGGCCAUUUGCACGUUCAAUUCGACCAAUCCCGGAUCGCAGCGUUGGCGGCGUUUGUCCUCCCGUUGGUCCACCCGACGGCGAUCGAGGACCCCAAGGAUGGAGCGUUCAUACCGCCGUUGAGUUUGAACGAUGACAUGUCGAGUCCCCACGACGGCGGCGGUCCGCCCAUGAGUCUGACGGAAUCUGUCCGACUGGAUUUGGAAAAGGCAAGACAUGCGCUGCUCCAUCAAGCCAAACAAGACGAGCAAACUGCCGUGUCGGAAAACGUGUACAACGUCAAAGUGCACAUGCGGUCGCUCUCGAUUUGCUUUAGCAACCACAUGGACGAUCCGUUGAUGUCCAUGGCGCUGCUGGAUGCCCGUCUGGAUGUGACACUGGCCCAAGGAUCUGUAGCUGCCACAGGACGCGUGGGAAACAUCCAAGUGAUCGAUCUCGUGUCGUCUGACCAACUUCACAUGAAGCGAAAAGACAAGCGGUUCUUGUUUCAAGAAGUGGUUGGGCUGGCUGCGUCCCAAGACAGUGCGGUUCCUUCCCUCGCUACGGCAACAUUAACCCAAACCACUGACCAAGGACAUGUCCACCUCCACGUCGAGCAAGUUCGGUGUGUCUUGUCUACGAGGUUCUUGCUCAAGCUGUUGCAUUACGUGUGCGAAGGGCCGCUCAUGGACCUACUUCGUCACCCGACGCAGUCGCUUCGUCCUAUGCAACCAUUUGCCCUGUCGCAGCACUUGGGUGCGAAUUACCACGUGCGGAAUCCAAAUAUGCAGCACACCCGUGGCCCCGCUCGAGACGUGUUCUUCUCCCCCGCCUUGACGUUUGACGACGUGCCCGUUCAUAAUGAUCCUCCACGCCCCGCGGCCCUCGAUGUGCCGUCAUCAACGAUCAAGUGGACUCUGGAUGUCGACAUGCAUGACCCGUUCUUGGUGAUUCCACUGCACAAAUCGGCCAAACAUGCAUCGUUGGAGCUCACCCACGGCGUUGUGCUGCAGCUCGGACGUAUCCGGGCGUCGUGGAGUCCGCUCAAGACCAGUGUGGAAACAAACAAGUUGGUGCUGCGGUCGCUCCACGACGAUUUUGAGUUUAUUCGGCCACUGCAUGUGCACUUUGCACUGGACCACCCUCGGCAUGUGCGACUGCACGUGUCGGACUUGCAUUUUCAGCUCAGUGAAGUGCACGCAGCGAUGCUCGUGGAACUGUAUUUCCAAGGAUUCAUGCCAUUAGCUCUAUACAAUCACACCCCCGUCGUCGCAUCCUCAUCCCAUCGUCACCAGUUUACCACGACAUCGGAGGCGGCCUGGCACGCGGCGGUGACUUGCGAUGCCGUCGGGGUCUCCCUGUUUACCGUGCGGACGACAGGCGACAAUCUCGUGCAAGCCGACGGCGACGACGAUGAUGAUCAGGCCCCGCACUCGUCUCACUGGGGGUUGAUCUUGGAUAUGUUUGCGCUCCUUCCCCACGACACGACGCCCGUGGCCACGUUCACUGUGCACGGCAUCCAAGCUACUGCCAAGCACGACCCGCACCACCUUACGUCUGUGGACGUGACGAUUGCCCAACUGGAGCUCCAACACUCGAUCGUAAGUCCAGGCUGCACGUUUCAAUACCGCCACCACACCGCAAAACACAGCCACUCGUGGUCGUGCGACGCCCAAGCGAUCCAAUUGGUUGUGGCCCCAGACUUUAUCGAACGGGUGGUCGUGGUGGGGGUCGAAACCGUGUCGCAUGUCGAGCAUACGCUGACCCGGCAUCAAAACCAAACAGCCACGUCGGAAUUGGCGUCGUCAGUGUACGACGACACAGAGUCCGAGUACCAGUGGACGGAGCGGGGUCGCAGCAACAGCAUCGCGUCCAGCAUCCACGUGCUCAACGCCCCGCCAUCGGUGGCAGUGCCGACGACGUCGUGGCAGUUUGAAGUGGCGUGCAAACUGGUGCAGAUCAAGUUGGGGUCGCUUGUCCUGGCGGGGCAGUUGGCACUCAAGCAAGACCCGUCGCAGCUGUUUGUGCGGCUGCAGCAUGUGCUCGUCAAGAACACUACGUCCCCCCACGGCGGCGGCGGGUCGAAUAAUCUCCUACAUCCGUUGGAGAUUACCCUUCGCCACCAACCGCACUUCCCCAUCGAUGCGGCCCUCCAACACAACCUUCGUCCGUACCACACCCACGAGCCCGACACGCUCUUGUACACGUCCGUCCAGUGCAGCCCCGUCUCUGUGAGCGUCCAUUUGCAAGACAUGCAUGCGAUCUCAGACUCGAUUUCCACGCUCACGACGCUCGUGGACGACCUAAAACGACAGCUGCGACAGGCCGACGUGUUUCCCCCCAGCUCAUCGGGAGAAGGAAUCCCCCUCAACAAUAGUGACCGUCUGCAGUAUUCGUUGCUGCACCAGUUGUCCGAGGAGGACCGAAAGCACUCCGACUUGCACGGCGGCGGCGCUGGCCAUGUUAUAUCCGCAGUACACGUGUGGCGCCAUGUGUGCAUCGACCUCCCUUCAAUCCAAGUGAGCGUCGAGGGGCACGCCGCAGCGUCGUCGCUGCUUUGCCUCGACAUUGAACCGAAUGAAUUCGAGUGGAUUCACACACCCCACGUGCGCUCGUUGACGUGGAAAUGGCAUGUCCAUGCGACGUACCUAAACAAUCGGCUGCUGAGCAUGGAACCGGCCGUGGAGCCCAUGACUGUGCACUUGAAAUGGUGGCAAGUGGUGGGUGCGACGCCGCUGCAGAUUGAAGUGAAAAGUGUCGACGAAGUCAAACUCAAUUGCACGCACGCGCUGCUGGACACGAUGCGGCUGUUGACGCGCAUGACGCUGGAAAAGGAACUGGCGUCGUGUGUGCUCAAGAACGACACCGGUGUGACCUUUCAGGUGUGGACAGCGUCGGGUCCGCAAGAGAUGGGUCCUGGCCUCGACCUGCCGCUCCAACCGUCCACGACAUUGCACCUCCGGUUCCCAGAAUACAAGCAACUGGAGAUUCCGACGUCGGAACUGGGCAGGCGGGUGUACCGUCUAUCGUCUGUGGCCGUCGUGGGGUCGUCCGCGGUCGACUGUGUGGUCGACAUCAGUGUCCAGCACGGAUGCAAACUGAUCGUUGUCCAAAGCACGUGGCUCCUCGACAACAAAACUGCGACACCGUUGCACGUCCAGCUGAUCUUCCCCACCGGCGGCAUCAUACCCCGUCCGCCGUACCAUUGCACGUUGGCGCCGCAGCAGUCGUUGGCCGUGCCCAUGUCACUCGUGUCGUUUCGGGGCACCCACGUGUACGUCAAGCCGGACGGGGUGCAGACGUGGACACUGGUGGACGCUCAAGUAGUACACUGCGGCACCUCGUUCGUGCUGUAUGCGACGUGGACGGACAGGUCGAGUACGCGUCGGGUUCUGUCGUUUUGCGCCCCGCUCGUGCUACACAAUGCACUGCCGACCCCCAUGGAAUACCGCCUCACGCGAGCUCCGGGGCGCUUUGAAUCGGGCAAAUUGGAUGUGGGGGAGAAAUGUGUGUACCAUAGCAGCGAGCACGACGGCCUGACGCUGGAAAUUCGCACCAAGGGCUUCUCGUGGAGCCAGUCGACGGAGCUGGCGGCCGGCACCAUUUCCAUGCUUGACCCGAUGAACCACAGUGUAUUGUUUGUCACGAUCGAUGUCGACACGUCCAAGGCGGCGCAGUGGGAGGUCUCUGUGUUUGUCCCGUACUGGAUCCUCAAUCAAACUGGGCUGGACUUGGAAUACCAGCACGAACUUGCGUUUCUCGGCACGGAACACAUCAACCCGUUUGCGGCCGGCCAAGCCAUGCCUAAAGCGUCGUUGGCCGACACAGAGUCCGUGGUGGUGCCCCCAGCGGCCGUGAAGCGAAAGCAUCAGCUUUUGCCGUCGAUUCCUCCGAACCGCGGCCUCUUGGACUUGAUUCCAAAGAAGGUGUCGAUCGCGUCGACGAGUGCGCCGCUCCUGGCCGUAUGCCACACCCACCAACGCCACGGCAUAUUGAAGAUGCAAUUGCGACUCAAAGGGAAAAGUGCCGCAUGGUCGAACGUGAUUUCGUGUCAUAUCAGCGGCGCCACGGGCGAAUGCACGGUGCGAGACCACGGGCACACGUACGUGGUGGGGUUUGUGCUGGAGCAUGGCCACGGAUGGUACGACCGCACCCAAGUGCUCACACUCGUGCCGCGCUUCCUCCUCAUCAACGCCCUGGACGACCACGCAUUGGACGUUCUCAUGGACGAAAGCACGUCGACGUCGGCGACGUUGGAGCGCCACGCGCAGCUGCCUUGGCACUUUGCCCAUGCCCAUCAUCGCAACACGAUUCGUAUUCGGUUUGCCGCGCCAGGAUGGGUGUGGAGUGGCGCGCUUCACUUGCACACGACGGGGGACCAGACGUUGCGACUGCGCAACACUGUGGACCGCACAACAUACUUGAUUCGCAUAUCCAUCAAGCUAGAAGGACCCCAAUACCGCAUUGUGUUUCGCAGCUCGACCAACGUGCCACCGUAUCGCAUUGAAAACUUUUCGCUUGAAACGAUUCGCGUACACCAGUCUCGCGUGCGCAUUUCCGACAUUUUGCUGCCCCAUCAAACAUGCGAGUACACGUGGGACGAGCCACUCAAGCCGCACCUGCUGGUCGUGGACAUGCUGCCGUCGCAAGCGGACGACAACAGCCGACCGAUCCGCAUCGGCGUCUUCUCGAUGGACGACAUUGCCACGUUUCCGACCAAGUCGCUGGCCGUCGAAGUGCGCGCGGACGGCCCCACGCGGGUAUUGCGCCUAACCGACGUCAUGACGCCGUUUCCAAGGCCCCCCAUGGGGAAGAAGGAGCCCGCAGGAUGGCAGCAAUACGUCGGGAGCCCCGUGGUGGAGUUUCAGUUGAAAUUGCACAGCCUAAGUGUGUCACUGGUCGAUAGCAAGCCGAGCGAACUGGUGUACGUGUCGUGGAACACGGUGGCUUUUCAGGCCACGUGGACCGAGCACAUGGCCCAACUGGCUCUGCACGUGUCGGUCCACUCCAUGCAAAUCGACAACCAAGUGCGCACAACGCGGUACCCCGUGCUGCUCAACUUUACAGACUCCCCCGCCCUCGACGCAACCAUCGUGCGCGAGACAACGUACACAAGCAUCGAGUUCCUUCGCUACGUGAACGUGAUGCUGCAGCCCAUGCACUGGCGCAUCGAUGGCACGCUCAUCAACCAACUUGCCGCCAUGUUUGUCAGUCCAGAGGACGUCCAGCACAACACGGCGCCGACGCGCGAGGACCGUGUGCGGGAUUUUGAUGCGUCGAUUGUGGGCCUCCUGGGCGUACCCCGAGAAACCACCGUGUCCAAGAAAUUGUACUUUGAAAAGUUUGAACUCGCGCCUAUCCAGGCGUCACUGAGCUUUGCCACGAGCAGCAGCAGCACCACCACAAGCAGUAGUAACACAUAUACCACCAAUGCCGUGCAAGUGGCCGGCGUCCGGCAAAUCCUCCAGGCUGCGGGCAAGACCCUCACCAAGAUUCACAAUGCGCCGCUGCACUGGCGCGCACUUCGGUGGCAGCACAUGUUUGUGCCGAGGGAAACCAUGUUGAACCAAAUGAGUUUGCAUUACCAGCACGAAGCGUACCGCCAAGCGUACGUGUUGCUUGGGUCGGUCGAUGUAUUGGGCAACCCCGUCAAGGUGUGGCAUAAUUUACGUGGGGGCCUCGAAUCGUUUGUGUGGGAGCCCCUGCGAGGGUGGCAAGAGAGCCCGCAAGCGUUUGGGUUUGGCCUGGUGAAAGGAACGUCGUUGCUGUUCCGAGCCUUUGUGUACGCCAUCUUGGACUUCAACACUCGCAUUGCCAGCAGCAUGCUCUUGGGGCUCUCGGAUGCAUGCCAUCGCAUCGACACGUACACGGGGUACCCCGUUGCCAAGACAUUUUACCAAGAUAUUGCCCAAGGCGCAUCGGGUGUCGUGGUGAGUCCCAUGCACUCGUACGACGUGCAGGGCUGGAGUGGCAUUUUGCCUGGAGUGUUGGCCGGCAUGCUCGGACUUGUGCUGAAACCGCUGCGGGGGUUCACGCAGGGGUUCGUCAACACCACCACGACGUUGAGGGAUGGGAUCCAACAUGACACGCAAGCGUAUGUCAUGCGCAUGCGACCGCCACGAUACAUCGACCCGCGCACGCAUUUGCUCACGUCAUACUCGUACGUGCAUGCGUCGGGAGAAGACAUCAAGUACGGGAUUGUCCAGGCCCGGCAUGAAGAUUACGUCGGCCACAUCAUGUCGGCAGAGCGCCACGGGUGCCUACUCGUGACCAAGCAUCGCGUGUUGAGCCUGCAAGUGCACCUGCAUCCCCAUCAUUCGGUCACGUACACGAUCUCUUGGGAAGUGCUCAGCGACGAUUUGAUCGUCGUGGCGUAUUGCAGCCCCGAAACCAUCGUGUUGUACCACAAGCCCAGCGAUAUUGCCGACUUGGCCGUCCCCACCCAAGUGAUCACAUUGCCGCCCACCCAAGCCUUGUCCGUGUACUACAUGCUGCAGCAAAUGACGCCCACGAGUUUGAACCAAACUGACCGGUCGCAGCUGAAUGUGCACUUUGUAGACAAGUGUAGAUAGAAUAACGUCACAAAUGCGAAAUGUCGUACGGAUAA